AUGACCAAACUUGAAGAAGACUGGCUGCCCGCCAGAACAUUAAGACUUCCCGGAUUAAGGUCGCGACUUAAUUUGCUGGGCAUUGCCUUUGAUGAAAAAAAAAACUCGCCGUCCACAGCUGGUGGAGUUGUACGAAGCAAACAAGCCGUCAGCAACCACAGGUCCCUCAGGAGCGCCCCCAAGUCAUGCACCACCUGUCCUCAAGCCAGGAACCGUCGCGCCGGAAGAAACUGUCGAGCGGGAAACGUCCGUCGGCCCAAAGAGACCGUCGAGAGGGAAAAGACCGCCGAGCCGCAAAGGACUGUCGAGCGGGAAGGGGCCGUCGGGCCGGAAGAAAUUGUUGAGCGGGAAAGGUCCGCCGAGCCGCAAAGGAUCGUCGAGCGGGAACGGACAAAAUCUGUUGAGCCGGCGAGCCAUGGCACAAAAAGCACUGUCGGGACAAAGAAGCCUCAAGGGCCACCUCAACGUAAGCGGGUGAACAAGCCGGCCAGCCAGCUUACGGGUUCUGCCAAAGCCUCAAAGGAUGCAAAACCUUCAAGGGACUGCUGGAAACCAUCAUCCAAGCAUAAUAUUGAAGCUUUGAAGAGCAUCCUUACUCGCCACCACGUGCCCUUCAAGCACAAGGCAAACGCAAAAGGGAAGAUCGGAAGAGAUGUCCUCGUUCCACUUUACAACAAGCUCAAAGAACGUGUCGAAUCCGCCGAUAAAACUGAAGUUUCUGGACCAUCCAAUGGCCAAGCACGCGACACUCAAACCCCAGUGCAUUCCAAGGAUUCAGACCUUUCUUUACCACAAUCAGCCGCCAACACCCUGCCUCGUAACGGCAAGUCCCCAAGCGUUGUUGGCACGACAUCUUUAUCGGCUACGGUUUCUGAUCCUUCCAAAGGUAAAGGUAAAGCACGUGACAGCCAGGCUCCAGCCCUUCCUUCACCAGCCGCCGACAUCCAUCCGCCUGGCAACGGCAAGGCUCCAAGCGACAUCCUGCCUGGUCACAGCAAGUCCCCAAGUGUUGUUGGCACAACAUCUAUACCGGCUGCGGUUUCUGAUCCUUCGAAAGGUAAAGGUAAAGCACAAGACAACCAGGCUCCAGACCUUUCUUCAUCAGCCGCCGACAUCCAUCUGCCUGGCAACGGAAAGGCCCCAAGCGUUGUUGGCACGGCAUCUUUACUUUCUGAUCUUUCCGAAGAUAAUGCACGCAAAAACCAGGCUCCAACGCAAUCCAAGGAUCCAAUCAUCUCCUUACCACGAUUGGCCGCAGACAUCCAAGCUUCAGUGCAGUCGGGAUCAUCACUAAAACACACACCCUCCGGAGAAGUAGAAACCGAGAACCGUAUCCGGAAGGCGCCUGAUCAAGUUGGAGUCGGAGAAGCUGAAAAAACGAAGCAGGAUGGCUCGAGAAUACGCAAGGCAGAUCUGAUUGAUUUAGAUGGAAACACCUCUGACUUGGUGAGUGAGAAUCUCUAA